AUGGCUCACCUCAGUCGCAUUUCUCUUGAGAAUCCCAAAGUACUUGACAUUCUCCAAAAUGAUGCCAAAGAUUAUGCUAACGAGUCAAAGUAUAUUACUGUAUUUGUGACCAGUGAGGACAAUGCCUAUGAGGACGGAAG